AUGUUAGAAGAGCAGUGUUCGCCCGACCGCUGAGAAGCUGACACUCUACCAACACCUGCGAGGAACUUAGUCGCUUGACUGAGGGUUGUGAGGAAAAGUUGUGAGGAAGAGUUGCAGUCCUAGGAGUUAAAACUCGAAGAGUGUAUACGAAGGUUUAUUUGAAUUUGUGUGAUACGAUAUAUUCAUCAGCUCUUCGGUUCGUUACCUUAGCUUCUCACGAUGCCGGGAGAGAGCCACUCAGACGCGCCGGCGGCGGUCCCUCUGCAGGUGGCUGUGCAGUCGUCAGCCCUUCCGGAGUCCGCGAACGGCCACGCGGGAGGCGACUCGCCAAAGGCCCUCAACUGCCUGGAGUGCAAGAAGGCAGCCACCAUCGUGUGCGGCGGGUGCUGGCAGGCGGGCUACUGCGCACGCGACCACCAGCUCACAGGCUGGGUCAAGCACCGCCCGAAGUGCCGGCCCUGGCGCAUCGCCCGCUCCAGCGUGCUCGGGCGCCACAUGAUCGCCACGAGGGACGUGGCUGCAGGGGAGCUGCUGCUUCAGGAUCCGCCGCUCCUCCUGGGACCAAAGAACAUCACCGAGCCCGUGUGCCUUGGGUGCUACCGGCCGGUGGACGGGUCCUACGUGUGCAGGGGCUGCUCCUUCCCGAUGUGCGGCUCCGACUGCGAGGCGUCGGAGGACCAUCAGGUGGAGUGCAAGGCCGUCAAGGAGUCGGGAGUCUCCGUGAAGGUCACCGUCUUCGGCGAAAUCAACAGCAUGUACGAGUGCAUCACGCCGCUGAGGAUCCUGAGCCUGCGCGACUCGAACCCGAUGGUGUGGAACAAGCUGCUCACGCUCGAAAGCAACCUCGACAAGCGCGGCGGCACGGAGGUGGCGGCCAUCACGCAGCAGACGGUGGUGGACAUCAUCCACGACAGGCUCAGACUAGAGGAUGAGUUCGACGCAGAACUCAUUCAGAAAGUCCUUGGCAUUAUUGACACGAAUGCUUUUGAGAUCCGACUGCCCGACUCGAGUAUCCAGGGCAUCUACGGCAAUGCAGCCAUCCUGGAGCACAACUGCGUGGCCAACACACACCGCACAUUCGACGCCGACCUCAACCUGGUGGUGCGCGCCGCAGUGCCCAUCAAGCGCGGCCAGCACCUCACAUCCUGCUACACCGACCCUCUGACCACCUCCUUCACCAGACAGGACCAUCUGCGCUCCUCCAAGUACUUCACAUGCCAGUGCGACCGCUGCCUGGACCCGACAGAGCUCAAGACGUUCCUGUCUGCCCUCAAGUGCAGCGACUGCGCAACGAAGCAGGCGGCGGAGAAAGCGACGGCCAAGAAGGAGAGCCAGCCCGCGGGAAGGGGCAUCAGGGGAGCCAGAAGGGGAGGCGUCAUGAACAGGGUCAGUCAAUUCCAGUCCGGGGGCCGAGGCCAGGCGAGCGGCGGAGCAGAAGGCGCUGCCAGCGACGAAGGGCCAGGACCCUGGAUCGUCGCUGAGGACCCCACCUCGCCGUCGUCCAACUGGCGGUGCCUCGCCUGCGGCCACUCCAGCACCGAUGACUACCCGAGCAAGAUCACAGACGUCGUGGCCGAAGAGGCAGAAGAACUGGAGAAUUCCCCUACAGUAGCCACGUGCGAGGCGUUCCUGGAAAAGUGGGGCCAUCUCUUCCAUCCAGACCACGCCAUCUUCCUCAACAUCAAGUACGCUCUGUUGCACUUGUACGGGUCAGAAGACGGUUACGAACUCGACAGCCUCUCGCCCAUCGAUCUCACGCGGAAGGAGGAACUGUGUCGUCAGGUUCUCAAGGUCGCUGAUAUCUUACUGCCAGGCAUCACACGCUUAAGGGGCUCUGUACUCUACGAGCUCUAUCAGGCUCUAUUCUACAAAGCUCGAGCUCUCUUCAUGGUGGGAGCUGCCUCCUCCGAACAGGCGCGGCGGCUGGCUAUGUCGGCCAUGACAGCACUGAAGGAGUGCGUUCGCGUCCUCAGCUACGAACCUGAAGUACAACCUGAAGGACAGUUAGGACUUGAAGCUACUGAGAAGUAGUGAAGUUCGAAAGGAAGUAGAAUGGUAUUUUUUUAAGGACAGAAAACAGGAGUGAAGUGUAAAAGGAAAUGGGAGGAAAAUCGGUGGUCAGCAGAGGAAGAAGUGAAAGAAAAUUGGGAUAAAUAUUAAAUUGACAGUGGAUAGUAAUCGAGAAAGAUGAAGAAAAAAUAUGAAGAAAUACAUUAUUAAAAUAUGAAUUAUCUAAUUUGAAGAAAAAAAAAUCUACAGAGAAAAGUUAGGAGAAAAUGCAAGACUUCUUAAGAAAACAGAAGGAAUGGUGCCUCCUUUACCUUAUAGUGUGUUUUAAUGUGAUCUGUAUAUAUUUAAAGUGUUUAUCUAGAUUGUGGAUGAAGACUUUUAGGUUUCAAGACGGGAAAUCGUUGCUCAGUUUUGUCUUAUUAUAUAUUACGGUUUCUUUGUCUAUCUUAUAAUGUAAGUUUAUAUUACAAACGUAAUAUGAUUUCGUUCUCUCAGUCACAUUUUUUUGUCAGAUGAUUCUCUUUACUUAUUCAUUCUUUAUUCCCUUUCCUCAAACCUCAACAGAUAUUCACUCCAUAACAUAUUUUUAAAAAUCAUCCCUGUUUAUUAAAGCUGAUUACGGGAAAAUGAAUACUGGAAGGAUAAACUUAAACAUAUUUUCAUUAUUCACAUAUAUGAGCGGAUUCAUUAUACUUAUUCCUUACUUUCUCGUAAAUUUAAAAUGCCCAUACAGAUAUCAUGCACAUUCUUCGCUCUUUAAAAGAAUAGUUUUAUUCCUAUUUUUACCGACACUAUUGUACCGUUUAGAUGAGAAACGACAAUGCUAGAAUGUAUCUUAUCUGGAACAAGG